UUACACUUCCGUAGACCAUGUUAAGGCUUCUUAUUGGACUAGCACUGCUCCAUCAACUGGAGGGCAGCACCCUCUUCACUCUUCGUCAGGGUAAAAUCUUCGGAGGAAAGUCAGCGUCGGUGAAAGAACAUUCCUUCCUGGUCAAUCUUCGACGCGGUGGCAAGUUCCGUUGCGGUGGCGUCAUAAUCUCGCCCAGCUGUGUUCUCACAGCGGCUCAUUGCCUGGAGGGACGACAUCAACAGCUCCGGGACUUGACCUUACAUGCCCAACAACAGUGCCUUGGCGAUGAGACGCCGCCGGAGCAUGUGCGUUCGGCCUGGUAUGUCGGUGUAGCACCAAACUACUGCCAUCAACGCGGAUUGGACUCCGAUGUGGCGGUGAUUCGAUUGAGUCGUCCCUUUGACAUCGCCGGCAAUGCGAGUCUGGUGAAGAUCGACUUCAAUGACCUGCCACCGCAUUCCAAUCUCACGGUUCUCGGUUGGGGAGCGAUCAACGAGCAGGGUCACAAUUGGAACCAGUGCUUGCAGGUGGCCAAUGUUAGGCUCAUCUCGCAGAGGGAGUGCAUCCAAUCGAUGGGAUCAGGACAGCAGAAAGUGACGACCAACAUGUUUUGUGCACUAGGUGAAAACGCGAGGGAUGCCUGUCAAGGCGACUCCGGCGGACCUACAAUCCACGCUGGUCACUCCGUGGGCAUAGUAUCCUGGGGCUACGGAUGUGGCAGAGGCUAUCCAGGCGUCUACACCCGCCUCAGCAGUCCAGCGAUUACGUACUGGCUGAAGAGCUUCAUCGAGCGACAUUGCUAAAGAUCUAGCAAUCAUUUGGUUUAACCUUUAACCCAAUAAAUAGUUAAUAACGCAGUUAUUCCAUGCAA